GUUGAAGCUACCGCUUAAACAAUUGUAUUUCUUAACUUGUUCAAUCAACUACUAAAUUUCAGAUUCGUUUUUAAAAUGAAUACCAAAUUCUGUCUGCUGUUUUUGUUUGUUCUUUGCAUUGUUAGUUUUGUGUCGGCGAAGCCACAAGGAGGCUCUGGCUGUGGGCUAAAUGAGGAAUUCACAACCUGCGGCACCGCCUGCCCGCCAAAAUGCAACCAGGGUAGUGGUACGAUCGUUUGCACCCUGCAAUGCAUUGUCGGAUGUCAAUGUAAAACUGGCUAUUUGUUGGAUAAUCAAGGUAGAUGUGUCGAACAAAGGAAUUGUUGAGUGACAAACAAUUAUAAAUUAACUUAAGCAAGUGUUUUGUGAAAAAGGAAGCGAAUGAAAUGUUAUUGUUUGGAACUAUCGGCUACUGAAUUGUAUUAUAGUGUUAAAAUUUUUAAAUAAUUGGAAAUAUCUAAAAAUGUGUAGUAUAUAAAUAAAAAAUUAAAUAUAAAAAAAAAUGUUCUUCAAUCAUUUUAUGGCAAACAGCUCGGAUAGAGUCUGACUAAAACUGAGGGUGGAGGUGGAAAUGGAACUAUUCAAAAUAAUUUUUCAUAACUUUAAGGGUCUUCAGUAGAUAUAUGUAAAUUCUGUGGCAGAAAAGUGGAGGCAUAUUCAAUAAAAACAUAUGGUUAAAAUGUU